AUGACUGACUCGAAUUCACUCGUUUCCCUCAUAACCAAAGAAACUAAAGUCAAAGUUAGCUCAGAUAAAGGCGGCGCUAAGAAAUGUCUCAUUGACCAGAGUCCAGAAACCUGCUGGACUUCCCAACAGGCACUGAGGUUCAUGUCGCUUCCCCGCUCACAAUUGACGUUUUGGUACACCCAGGAAUUGCCACAAUACAUCCAAUUAUUAUUUGCGGAUCCGGCUAUACCCAAGCGGCUGUCAUUCAUUUUCCAAGGAGGGUUUGUCGGAACGCAGUGUGCGGUAUACACGACUCCUCAUCGUCCCGACCCCCCCUUAACGAAGCUUGAUUGGCAAUUCCUCACAAAUAUAUACCCAGAAGACGUCAACCGUAAACAGACCUUCGACCUUCCGCCAAUACCAUCAUCUGACGCGCAGGGCAUCGCUGGGAUGAAGUUUGUGUUCGAGAAGAGCUCGGAUUUCUUUGGUAGAAUCACUAUUUACGAUUUAUCUCUAGAGGGGAUAAUUGGGACCACCGAGUGA